UUCUUAAUGUAACUAGAUUUGCUGUUCCAUUUUCAGCUCUGGUGGGAAUUGCUUUUGUCUACGUCUUUGAAACCGUUCAUUUUACCCAGGUGAGCGUUCAACAGUCCGCAGAAGUGGAGAGCUUAAUGACUUCUGUAGAACGAGUGAUGGCCAUUUUCAAGAUUAACCCUGAACCAGGUUACAAGACAGCAUCCACAAUAACCGGGCAGUGGCCAACAAAUGGCCAAAUAACGUUCACGGGCGUAUCCCUGAGGUACUAUCCUGAGGGUGCAAAAGUAUUAGACAACUUAAACUUGAGCAUUGAUGGACAAUCAAAGACUGGAAUCGUAGGAAGGACAGGAUCCGGCAAAUCAAGUAUCAUAGCUGCGCUCAUGCGCAUGCCCGAGGCUGAAGGAACAAUCACAAUAGAUGGAGUGAAGCUGAAUGAUUUGAACGUUCAACAGUCUCGAAGGUGCAUUUCUGUGCUAAGACAAGAUCCUGUUGUUUUCAGUGGGACUAUCCGGAAGAACCUCGAUCCACUGGGAAAGCACAGUGAUGCUGUUUUAUGGGCAGCGUUAGAAGCUGUGCAGCUGAAGCAGUUAGUAGAGACUUUGCAAGGCAAGCUAUCUUACACACUAACUAAUAGUGGAAUGAAUCUCAGUGUAGGAGAAAAGCAGUUACUUUGCCUCGCUCGAGUUAUGCUACGGGGGAGUAAAAUCGUCAUUUUAGAUGAGCCUACAGCUCAUGUGGACCCCAAAACGGAGCACAUCAUUCAAGAAACAAUCAGAGAUAAACUAAAGAAUUCAACUGUGAUUAUGAUCUCGCAUCGAGUCAGGUCCAUUGAACACUGUGACAAAAUAGUGGCCUUGAAAGACGGCCAUCUGAUCGACGAACCGUAACAAUCAUGACGGUGACCGCAUAUGAGCUUUUAAAAUAAAAGGCCAUUGAACGUAUCAGAGACUCCCAAUUCCACAAGAAUGUUGUCAUGAGCCCCCAUAAGAGAUUCAAGCCCAUCAUUCGAUGGAACACCGCAGUAUUGUUGUGUAAAAGACGACAAAGACCGCAGUCACGUGCAGGAGACUUGAUGAAAGUGAAGAGUAAGGCAUUAUGGGAAAGACAGCUGCUGGCAGCCGUUAUUUAUUUCUUGGAAUUCCACGUUGCAAGAGACGCCUGGGUACUAGAUAGAAAACUUGGCAAGAUGGUCUCCUGACUCCACCCUAAUAGAAAUUACACGUCCACUUCAAAUCACGAAACAUCUCCACAAUGUGUUAACAGUUUGUACAUGAACCUAACCCACAAACACGAUCACCUUGCAAAACCGUAUGACAAGGAUGUGAUUUCAUUGAUUUGCCCCAGUGCCCUAAUGUUCUUUUAUUGAACACUGGCUACACUGAGUACAUGUAUCUCCAGUAAAAGAUUUGUAUACAUUAGUUUCAAAAGCAUCUUUUUUGAACUAACAGAACAAAGGACCUAUACUGUACGUUCCCAAUGGGUAUACAGAAUCAUUUAACGUUUCGACGGGCACGUUUAUGGGGUAGAUCAAACAAACUUGUUCAGGAAUCGUCUAGUUUUAUGAAACAUUUUUAAAAAAUAUAUAUAUUUAUAUAUUUACUUUUAACUAUUUAUCACGCUGAGGCUCUUUUGUACAUAUGUGUAUAAACAAAUUUUAAGAUAUGUAAAUUUGAAAGGCAUAUAGGAAAACAGCAUUUGGUUAAACGUUUUUUCUUACCGAC